UUUGAAAUUCCCGCUGAAAGUAUUUAGCGGAAAUGAGGAGAAUGAAUGGAAGAAACGAAACGACGUCGUCCUUUUCAGCUUUGUGGUAUUAAAUAGCACAGAAAGCAAGCAAGAAACGCGGGAUUGGGAGGCGAAAGUUUACGAUUGUGGCCAAUCGUAGUUCGUUUUUGUGAAAUUAAAAAAUAAAUAAUAAAAAAAAAAAAUUAAAAACAAAACAAAAAAGAAACAAAUGUAACGGAUUCACCAUUUGCCAUUUCGCGCCUCCAAUACCCCCAUUCCUUCCUUCUCUCCCUCUCUCCCGCCCUCUCCUCUCCUCUCCUUUCCGAUCCAAUUCGUUCCUUCCUCGAUCUCCAGCUUUCAAAUCCAUCAACAAUUUGAUGUUAUGAAGGAACUAAACGUAUCGUCUAUUUUGGCAUCGGAAGAUUAUCUCUGAAUCUUUCUCUUCCGUUUGUAUAAGCAAUGGGAUUAUCUUCCGAUAAUAUCCACGGCCUCAUUCUCGCUGUCUCUUCGAGUAUCUUCAUCGGUAGUAGCUUCAUUAUCAAGAAGAAAGGUCUCAUGAAAGCCGGUGCUUCUGGAACCAGAGCAGGUUCUGGAGGAUAUUCGUAUUUGCACGAGCCUAUGUGGUGGGCUGGGAUGAUAAGUAUGAUUAUUGGAGAGGUUGCUAAUUUCGCUGCUUAUGCUUAUGCUCCUGCAAUUCUUGUAACUCCUUUGGGAGCUUUAAGUAUAAUAUUCAGUGCAGUACUAGCCCAUUUCAUUUUGGAGGAGAGGCUACACAUCUUCGGCAUGCUCGGGUGUGUUCUGUGUGUGGUGGGAUCUACAACUAUUGUUUUGCAUGCUCCUCAGGAGAGAAACAUUGAUUCUGUCAAGGACGUUUGGAUGCUUGCUACGGAGCCAGGUUUUCUAGUAUACUCGGUGAUAGUUUUGGUUCUAGUUGCUGUUCUGAUUGUUCGAUAUGUGCCAAAAUAUGGGCAGACCCACAUGGUUGUUUAUGUUGGAAUUUGUUCUUUAAUGGGUUCUCUUACGGUUAUGAGCGUUAAAGCAGUAGGAAUUGCACUUAAACUGACUUUCUCCGGGAUGAAUCAGUUUAAAUACUUUGAGACGUGGUUUUUUACCACCGUUGUGAUAGGAGGUAGCAUUUUGCAGGUGAACUACUUAAACAAGGCUCUGGACACCUUUAACACUGCUGUAGUCUCUCCGGUUUACUAUGUGAUGUUCACAUCACUCACCAUUCUUGCCAGUAUGAUUAUGUUUAAGGAAUGGGAUUCACAAAGUGCAUCACAAAUAGCUACCGAACUAUGUGGUUUUGUUACCAUUCUUUCGGGAACUUUUCUGCUGCAUAAAACCAGGGAUAUGGGUAAUACGUCCUCCUCCGAAGUCUCAGCUGUUGCUAGGUCGCCGAAACAACGACAUAAUACCAACAACACAAAUUCUGACUAACACACAGCAGCCAUUGUAAACAAAAGUUAAAAGCAGCAGAGCAUCACAGGCCCAAUCUUUUCCCUCUC